CCGAAAGGCGGGCUCGGGUGGCUGGCAGCGCCUGGGAGGGCCAGGUCGGAGAGAGGAAGCUCCUCCCCUGUGCGCCCCGCCGCCGCAGAGUUGACCAGUCUCUAGAAGAGAAGAGAGAGCUCCGGCUCCGGAUAAGCAGCGGCUUGGCGUGGGCUGCGCGGAGAAUGGACGGCCUCGUGACCUCAUGUCCGGCAGGCUGUAGUGCCUGCCGAGCCGGCUCGCGCAGCGGGUGGAGCCGCGGGAGCGGCGGGCACUUCCGGAAUCGAUCGGCUGCUUGAGUGCCCGCGCCACCCGCUACCAUGAACGAGGAGGCCAUCUGCAGCGUCCUGCCCACCAUCCCGUACCACAAGCUCGCCGACUUGCGCUACCUGAGCCGCGGCGCGUCCGGCACCGUGUCUUCUGCCCGCCACGCAGACUGGCGCGUUCGGGUGGCCGUGAAACACCUGCACAUUCACAGCCCGCUGCUCGACAGUGAAAGAAAUGAUGUCUUAAGAGAAGCUGAAAUUUUACACAAAGCUAGAUUUAGUUACAGUCUUCCAAUUUGGGGAGUUUGCAAUGAGCCUGAAUUUUGGGGAAUAGUUACUGAAUACAUGCCAAAUGGGUCAUUAAAUGAACUCCUACAUAGGAAAAAUGAAUAUCCUGAUGUUCCUUGGCCAUUAAGAUUUCGUAUUCUGCAUGAAAUUGCACUAGGUGUAAAUUACCUGCACAAUAUGAAUCCUCCUCUACUUCAUCAUGACCUGAAGACUCAGAAUAUCUUAUUGGAUAAUGAAUUUCACGUUAAGCCCCUAAUUCAGUGCCACUUCUUCCUGCUGCAGUGA